CAAGUACUGCGGUUGACUUCCACAUCACUGAAGGAUUUUUGAUUAGAAGAUGAAGUUCCCGGAGCCGAAGACGUUCCGUGGUGCCAUGUCCCCGGCAAUUCUAUUCAGCUGGGCCUGCGGAUGUGGAAUCUUUGAGUUUCCAAGUGGACAUCCGCGACCUGUCCUAUCUCUUUUCUGGUCAAGCCUUCAUUUCGUGGUUUAUUUAAGUAGUUGCUUGGGCAUCAUUCGAAUACCGAUUUUACCGAUAGUGCGCGAAACACCGCUGAUUAAGUAUUACUAUUAUAUCAACAGCUGCUUUGGUACGAUGUGCGUCAUCACUUCAAUAGUUGGCGCUCGGAAAAUACAGAAAUUGAAAAAUUUCCACCAUAGGCUUAAAAAAGUCAACAAGAACUUGCAGAAGAAUUUCGGGAUCCCUGAGGAUUAUGGAGCAGCCUUCAAGUGCAACUUAGUUCACCUUAUCGUGGCUUUUAUAAAUAUAAUCAUUAUCACCUUCGCAAGUGGCAUUUUUAUAAUUAACGCACAGAAUUCCUCCCUCAUCAUUUUCUGGAUUAGCCGAAUCUAUCAAAUCAUCUAUAUGUCAACCCUUAUCUGCACUUACUGCGGUUUGAUCAGGUACAUCAGUAACCGGUUCCAACAACUGAACGCGUAUAUUCUUGAGUUGGCAUUCAGUGAUAGUGAGACAAUACCGUUUCUCCAAAGUUUGAGCCGCUCCAAAUUUUCACCACACUCCCUGAUCAUGUUCGAGAUUCACGGAGAUCUGCGUUUGGCCAAAGCUGCGGAUAUACAUUGGAAGGUGUACGUUUUGCGGGAAGUAAGGAGUAUACAUCAUGAGCUAUGCAUGGCUGCCGAGGAGAUAAAUAGGGUCUUUGGAAUACAGAUCGUUUUCGUUAUGGGAAUGUCGAUUUACAACAUAACUUCACUGAUUUUCGGCCUCUACCUGCUAUUAACAACCCCAACUAUGAUGUUUCAAAACUUUCAUCACGCAUACUUCUUUUAUAACCUUAGUUGGUUCAGUUUUUUUUUAACAGUAAUUUUUUACAUCGUUCAUUGCAGUUCUAUGGUCUCCGACGAGGCGCAGAAGAUUGGUAAGCUAAUGUACGAAGUGGGCAAACGAAAUAAGGAAACACAAGACGAGAUCAACGCCUUUUCGAUCCAGCUCUUGAAAAAUCCAUUGAAACUGACGGCGAAUGGGUUCUUCGUUCUCGAUUACAAGAUGAUUUGCGCGGUGGGUGGAUUGGUCUCAACCUACUUGGUAAUUCUAAUUCAAAUGCACGCUGUUAGCAAUUAGGAAACUGAUAAGACAGCCCGUACAACUUUGACAGCAAAUACUGCAAUUU